ACUUGUUAUCUUUAACGUUAUAUCAGGAAAUAGCAGCAGCUUAACUUCUUCGUUUCACUGAAAUACGGCCAUACUAUGUUCGGGCUCAUGUGUGCGACUGUUAGCUUAAUGCUAGUGUUCAACUUUUGCAGCACUUUACAGUAACUAAAGCGUUACAUCCGCACUCGUCAGCUAGCUAACAGCGACGCUAACUCUGCACAUUGAGCUCACCUGGGCACAGCUGCAGCUCCAGGUCUCGGAACAAAUUUGAGCUUUUACUUUUAUAAAAACAUGGACCGUAUUCUGGAGAAAAAAACGCUGUCAGCGAUGUAAAAGUCGUCGGCGAUCUCAGGUUUUUGGCCUCACCCCCUGAAACUGGAUUUUGAGGGAUCAACGAUGGAUUUUCACCAAUAAGUUGUCCUUACUUCACAGUGAUCAUACACUUGAUUACCUGCAUAGUUCUGCUACAUGUUUCAUCGCCAUGGGAUGACUCAGUAUUUUUGCUGAAAUGUCCUCCACCGAGGAAACAUCUUAAACUAGAAGUAACAUCAUCUACAGUUACCACUUUUUACUGUUUCACAUCAGCGCAGUCACACAGCCAUGGGCUUCUGUGCACCUGUGUGCAAAAUUUUGCGGAGGGGGAAAUAUUUUGUACUGCUCCUCGUCUCGCUGUCCGUGCUCGCAUGGAUUGCAACUCUUUCAGGUGAAACGGUGAAAUCCGAUCAGGUUUCAUUCUCACCACAAACUCUUGUCAAAGAAGACAGUUUAAGGGAUAAACUCAACACUUGGACAGCGGCACCCGAUCGCUUAAAUACUCCACCACCAAAGGUCGAAUGUCCUCAGGAGUCACCAUUGCUACAGGGAGCUGUGAAGCUGUCCUUUGAAUCCUCUCUGAAACUGAAGGAUGUGGAGAGCGACAACAAAGGAGUGACUGAAGGCCAGUACGAGCCCUCAGACUGUACUGCGAGGCAGAGCGUAGCGAUCCUCAUCCCUCAUCGCAGCAGAGAGAGACACCUCCUCUACCUCUUGCACCACCUGCACCCCUUUCUGCAGAGGCAGCAGCUACACUACGCCAUUUAUGUCAUCCAGCAGGCUGGUGAUGAAACUUUUAACCGUGCAAAGUUACUCAAUGUCGGGUAUUUGGAGGCUCUCAAGGACUACAGUUGGGACUGCUUCAUCUUCCAUGAUGUGGACCUGGUUCCGGAAAAUGAUCACAAUUUAUAUCUCUGUGACAAGCAGCCCAAACACUUGGUGGUGGGCCGCAACGCCACGGGCUACAAGCUGCGCUACAAAGGCUACUUUGGAGGAGUCACAGCUAUGACCAAAGACCAGUUUUUUAAAGUGAACGGAUUCUCAAACACUUACUGGGGUUGGGGCGGAGAAGAUGAUGACCUUCGCAUCAGGGUUGAGCUGCAGAAGAUGAAGAUAGUGCGUCCGCCCGCUGAUGUAGCUCGCUACACCAUGGUGUUUCACAAACGGGACAGUGGCAAUGAAAUAAACAAAGACAGGAUGAAAUUGUUAGGACGAACGCCGCAGGUAUGGAAAAAGGACGGACUCAACAGCUGCUCAUAUGAGACUAUGUCGGUAGAGAGGCUUUCUCUUUAUGUGAAUGUCACUGUGAACAUUGGUAAGCCACAGAGUUGAGACUUGAGACGGGAAGCCCUGCUGUGACCAAAAGAUAUUCAAUUAUAUAUUUUCUACAGUAUGUUUAGGUAAGAGUGCAGAAAGGCUACUACGCGUGUACAAGACGUCAUACUAAGCUCACAAAAGCCACAUUUCUAGAAUUAAGUUCAGCUGGUAACGACAUUUUUGCAUAUCAUGCUGCCUUUAUUUUCAUAUUGUUACCAGUCUAUUAAAAACAAAAGUAAUGAUUGGCUUUAGCCAAAUAAAGAAGUUGAUAGAAUUCAUCGGCCAGACUUCAACUAAAUUAUGCAUAUGCCUCAUUAUUUGCCUACAUGAUAUAGUACAGCAUUUGUAUAUAAAACGUGCAACACAUGUGCAACGUGCGCUUCAUUCUGUUGCUGCAUUGACUCUUUUUAAAGCCCCUAUAGACACAGGCAUUACUCUUUUUGCCCAAUUAGACCAUGUCUCAGGACUUUGGGAGGCACAGACUGAUUGAUUUAUCCCUUUUGUUUUUAGACUAUGAUCAAUGAAAAUAAUCUUUAUUAUCAUAAUAAAAAUGAAUUAGGAAUUCACCUAAAUAUAUAUUAUAUUUAUUAUUCAUGAAAUGUGAAAUAACAGUAACAACAUUGUUUUAGGUUAA